AAUAACAUUCUCAAAGAUAUAAAUUUCCAAACUCUCUCACAAACCAAAACCAAAUUCCAACAUGAAGAAGACCUACAAGCUUCAAAGCCUCUUCUCUUCUCUCAUCUUCCUCAUAAUCUUGCUAUUGAUUUCGAGAGCCGCGGCCGUCGGCUCUGGCGGUGUCUGCCGGCAUCCACCAUCACAAAACAGCUGCAAGACAUGCAUGGCGGAGCAAAUGAAAUACGACUGCCCUAAGUGCGUGCCGGUGCUCCGAUGCAUGGCUCGUUGUCUUUGGGGCGGUGUUACUCAGAGGAAGUGCACCACCACGUGUCGAUGCGACACCGCGGCCAAGCCGUCGUUGCUGGAGUGUAAACGCUGCGUUUCUAGGUGUAAGUGUAGCUGUGCGGCUUAGGAACAAAUCGAGUAAAUGCUCUCUUGAUGGUAAAAUAAUAUGUUAAAUGUUACCAUGUUGGAUCUUUGUCUCUUUAACUUGAUGUUAUAUAUGUAUGUUGAAUCUUUUUGUCGUUUAACUUGAUGUUGUAUACGUUGAAUGCUAAAAGUAUAUAGUUCCUAUUUAUAGUCAUAUAUCUAAGAGAUAUAUCACAUUAUUCUUUUUUCC